ACCAGUCUAUCUUUGAUGUCCAUCACACCUCAGUCAGUGUCUUUUCCAACCUGGCCUGGCUUCUACGGACAAACUUUCUGCUGCUCAUGUUCAAAGCCAUUCAAGUGAAGCCUUGUUAGCUUCUACCAAAUUUUUUUGGUACAGGCUGUGUGCACAUUAUUCCCACAUUGCUAAUAUAUUCUUAAAUGUACAAGUCUUUCAUCUUAUUAGCAAAAGUUGUCCACAGAGCAGCAACUUUUCUUCACAUUUUGUCAGUGAGAUCUCUAUGAAAACUGAGGAGAUUGACAUUCCCUUCUGAAAUGUACUCAAAGUGCUCUGCGUUUCUCCAUGGAUCCUGCGAAAACCGGAGUUGAACUCGGGUCUAUAUUCAAGGUCUUUUGAGGGGAAAAAAUUAUUAUAACCACAGGAAGCAUCAUAGCAGAGCUGUAGGAAUGUGUUCCAUAAUAGAUGGACUGAAGCACCGGAAGCUUCAAUCGAUCAACUCUCAAUCGUACAAUUUAACGAGUACCACCUAUGACGAUGAUCAGGUGGAAUGGUGCAUUACGCUUACUUUUCUAGCCCGUUUGAUUGCAUACGUUGGAAUUCUAACAUUGCUUGUGAUUGUUGCAUACAUGAUAUUGAAGUACAUAAAUGAGUACGAUGGUGAGGAGGGCGGUAUAGAGGAUAUAAGAGAAAGUACUGAAACAAGCACGUUACAACCCGGAAAGACGAUGCCAGUAACAUACGGGACAUGUGACGAGUGGGAUAUAGAAUCCGGAAAUUGCAGCAACAGCAGCAGCAGUAAUAGUAGCAAUGGCCCAAUUACAAGCUCCUCUGAGGACUUGUAUGAUGGGAAAAUAUGUGUGAUCUGCUACACCGAGCAAAGGGAUUGUUUUUUGGUUCCUUGUGGACAUUGUGCUACCUGCUACGUCUGUGCACAGAGGAUUUUUUAUGGGGAGAGCAAAAUAUGUCCAAUAUGCCGAAGAUCCAUUCGCAAAGUUAGAAAGUUAUUUGCUGCGCAGGACUAAACUCUAUGUUACAUGGAUACUCCACUAAGCCCAAGUGUUGGAGUGUUGGACACUCGGACACUCCUCAGACACCCGUGUCCAACGGUCAACGUGGUGUCCGUGCUAAAUAGACUAAACCUCCUAUUUUCCUCUUCUUCUUUUUUUUUUUAAUUUUUUUAUUACAGGUGACCAA